AUGCUGAGAGAGGAAUCCCAUAUCGAAACCAAUUCAGGAGAAGAAUUGGGUGCGGUGGAGCGUGUUGCGUGCGCAGGGUGCCAGAUCAACGGGCAGACGGUGACGGACGAGCGCAACGUGACCAUCCCGGAGGACCCCUGCCUCAAGUGCCACUGCGAGCGCGGCGGGCGCAUGACGUGCGUGAAGCGCUCCUGCCCCGUGCUGCAGUGCCCCGAGGGCGCGCGCCGCCCGCCGGGCCUCGGCGAGUGCUGCCCCAAGUGCAUCGGGCAGCGUCCGGUGAUGGAGCCGCCGCAGGGCAUCUGCAUGCUGGCCAAGGACGUGCACCGCUCGGGCGACACGUGGUCCCCCGACCACUGCACGCACUGCAAGUGCACCAACGGCACCUCGGUGUGCCGGCGCCAGACGUGCCCGGUGCUGGAGUGCGCGGCGCAGCACACCACCCACGGCCAGUGCUGCCCCAAGUGCCAGCCCGUCGACCUGAAGCGCAACGCCACCUGCACCAUCGCGGGACACACCUACAAGGCGAGACGGAGAAUCAUGGCGGCUGGGGCCUUGCAAGUCGUGCUUGUGCCAUCAGGGCCAAGUGCGAUGCGCUGUGCAGAUGUGCCCCGCUUGUCCCACGGGUUUCAAGGAAGAACGUCACCCUGGGGAGUGCUGCCAGCGGUGUGUCGAGAGUACGAGUCGCAUUUACUCAAAUUCAGUGAUGGAGUUUGUGCAGUUUUUGGAGAUCCUCACUACAAGACCUUUGAUGGAAAGUUUUAUAGCUUCCAAGGCUCUUGUAAAUAUCAGCUUGCUACUGAUUGUGUGGGGAAGAAUUUCUCGAUUAGAGUAACACACGAUUCACGACACACCAAGACAUCAUCUUGGACUAAAACAAUCUCUCUCAAGAUGGGAGAACUGAAAGUGAACUUGGGACAGAAGAUGAGGGUGAAGGUGAACGGCAAGCGAAUCGAGCCUCCGUACCACCUCUCCGACAAGCUCUUCGUCAACAAGACGGACGAGAGUGUGCGUGUGCACACGCACCUGGGCGUGGGCAUCCUGUGGGACGGGUACAGCUUCGCCGAGGUGUACGUGCCCACCAAGUACAAGGGCCACAUGUGCGGCCUGUGCGGAGACUUCAACGGCAAUAGCCGCAACGACUUCGUGACCCGGCGCGGCCGCCCCGUGCAGGACGCCGACAAGUUCGGCACCUCGUGGCGCGUGGGCGGCGUGAAGGCGUGCACGCGCCCCCAUGAGGACCUCACGCACACGCCGCAGUGCCAGCAGCCGGCCAUGCACAAGAGGAACUUCCGGAGGUGCGAGCCCCUCAAAACGCACCCCUUCGCCGCCUGCCAUCGGAAGGUCAACUUCAUGACUUACUUCAAGGCGUGCAUGGUGGACAUGUGCGAGUGCCCGACCGGGCGCUGCUACUGCGAGUCCUUCACCGCCUACGCCCACGAGUGCCAGCGGCUGGGCGUGCCCCUGCGCAAGUGGCGCUCGGCGACGGGCUGCGUGCCCGGCUGGGCCUUCCAGCGCCGAGGCCUGCCCUCCUCGCGGUUGCACUAGUCUCGCCGCGGUGGCAGCCCUGCUGGUUGGCUCCGCACUACUAGUCAGUGCUUGUCUCUGGGUGUGCAUGCAUGUGAUUUUGGAGAAGUCCUGUGAAUGUUGCUGUUGCUGUUUGCUGCAUCAAGGCAAGUACAUUGUGAGAGUCUCCUGCAAUGUCAACAGUAUUCUCUGCUCUCAUCAGCUUCCACAUGAAAUCUUAACAUUUUGAGCUGGACUCAAAGGAAGUCUUGUGGUAAGCCGGAAUGUGAGGCAGAAUUGUAACAUAUGUUAAAGUGUGUGAUACAGAAACCCUGUUGAGAAGGAAGUGUAUAGGUUGAAACAUACAGAAGGUACUAUAUCUACAAUAUGGUAUUGAUUUUAAGAUUUUAGCACACUCAUUUUCUGUAAAUGCUGACAUUCAAUGUUAAUUGUCUUAUGACAUGUACAAUAAUUUCAUUGAAACUGUUGUUCAAUAAGUUUAUCUUUUUAUUUCAUAUUUAAUUAUGAGUGAUGCUGAUAUGGUACCUAUAACUUUUGUGAGAAACAAUUAAGUGGAUUAGCAGUGUGUGUAAAUAUUUCUUAAAGUAUUAUCAUUCUUUAUCAUAGCAAUGUACAAUUAAUUUUAUGUUAAGUCAACCUACUGCUCAUGGUUUAUCCAAGGCACUUUAGGACUUCAAUAUGUUCAAAAUAUUGAAAUAUUUUAUUCAAUGUUGACAUUCCUUUUUGCACAAGGCCAAAAUAUUUAUUCUGAAAUGUUUAUAUUAUGUGGUUUUCAUAUGAUUUAUUUAUAAAAUAUAUUAGGAAAUGUGGAUAUAUGUAAAAAUACUUGCAUAGAAAAUUAUCAAAUGAAAGACGCGAUGGUUUACAAACGAUCAAGCUGCAGUGCUGAGGCGCCUUGGCCUACCUACAAGUCGGUUGUGGGAAAUAGAUUGAAUAAGACAUGCCCUGAGCUACUGAGUAGCAGAGCCCAUAUUUACAGUGUUAUUGUAAUGAAUGAUGGAGCAUGGAGAGGACUGUAGACAGCUAGUGAGCACCAUAAUGUAAUAGAUUUUAGUUUUGUUGGUUGGACUGGGUCUGCCUGAUAAUGUGUAAGAAUUUUUAUUCUUAGCUUCUUCCUUGUUGUCCGUACUUUGGCUGUUACUAGUAAAAAAAAUGUAAUAAUAUAUAUUGGUAAUGACAUUGUCAACUAAAAACACUACUCAUAAAUAUGCUAACCAAAGAUCUUGACUCCUGGAGUGUGUAGCAACAGAAGCAAAGUGACUGAUUGAUUUAUCUAAUUGAAGAUAACUUCCUUUUAGAGCAUGAUCAUCAAAUUUCUUCUAGAUAUAAAAAUAAAUCUUAAAAUUUGAAGUCUUGAUUAUUAGUAUCUUAUACUUUCUGAACAAAUGCAAUCGUAAAUUGCCUGCAAAUAUUGUAAUAGAAAUUUCGAAUGUGAAUCAAUUAGCAACAUAAUUUCAAAAAUCAUUUCAAAAUUAGUUAUAUAAAUUAUUAAAAAUAUAGGAACAUAUAAAUAUACCUUGUGUAAUAAUUGUCAAUCUGAAAUAUAUAUAUAUUAGUUUUAUACAAAUACUUCAUACUAUAUUAUUAAAAAAUAAUUAUUUCACAUAUCAAUUCCUGCUGAAUAAGAAUAAUAUGAAGACUAUGAUUGGAAACUCUAUGUGUAUUUUUCCUUUGAGUCGAGCUGCAGUUGCUCUUCCUUGUGGGAAAAACAAAAUAUAUGUGGUUUAUCAAUAAAAGUGGAGUGUGAGAGCUGACUAAAGCCAAUCUCUUGAUACUGAUGAACAAAAGGUAGGAGGUCUGUAACCUUCUGACUGCUAUGUCAUUAUUGGUACAAUCAGGACCACAGACAUGUGCACUGGGGGAGCCAAAGAGUCCAUUCUUCCCCCCUGAAAAUUUUGAAAGGGGUCAUGAAAUCCUAUCCAAUAAAACAUUUUAUUUUCUUAAAUAUAAUAAGUUUCAGAUUUCCCUCAUUUUUAAGCUGAUACUUUGAGGAAUUUAAUAAACAACAUUUGUGAAAGAAGCUCUCCAAACCAUCUGGCAACCCAAUGGUUCAACAAAAAUCAAUUGAAGUGUAUCAUUAGAUUAAUAUUAUUAAUUAAUUGUAUCAUUAAAUUUAUAAAUUCAUUCUCUUUGUAAGUUUAAUUUGCAAAACAUUAUAAGUAAAUAAAAUAAGUUUAAUGGAAAAGGCGGCCCAGUGAUGCACAGAAAUGUAGUUGGUCCCCCUCUUCUUUUAGGCUGUGCACGUCUACAAUCAAGACACAAAUUUCUUCUUUUUGAAAUCGUUAUUGAAAGAAGUAUGUUGUGUGCAUUACUUUGUUUCAUAAUUUUUUGCUGUUUAUAUUUUUUAAUAUUUAUUAUGCAAAAUAUAUUUUCUACCUCAAAGUAGUCAUUUUAAUUUUUCUAUUCUAAAACUAUCCUUCUUUUUUAGUUUGUGAGUGGACCAUGGACCUCAUUUAUUUAAAAAAAAUAUAAUUAGCAUUCAGUGUUUGAUCUGGUGUAAAUUAAAUAUCUUUGAAAUCAAUGCUCCCAAGAUAAUUUGAAAAUUAAUGAAGGAUGUGUUUUAUUCAAUGUAACACCAUAAAAUAAUAAUUUAUCACUAUUGAACACUCUAUUGCAUUGAAUUUUGCAAUUUAUGAUUUUAUUAUUAUGGUUUUAUUAUAAAUUUCUCCAAAUAAUAUUUCUUUGUGAACUAAAAAUUACAAAGAGAUGAAGAUACUGAUUGUGAAUUACAUUGUACAAUAUACACUGGUUCUAGUUUUGUGGUGAAUUUAACAGAGAGGUCAAGGUUGACAACCCCUGCCAAGAGUUAGCUAGUUUCAAAGGCUUCUGCUUCUUAAGGUAUUUCUGAAUCAGUUGAAGUAUGUAAGUUACAGGCUCCGGAGCUGUAUCGAUCUCUCAGAAUUCUUUGUGCCAUCUACUGAUGGAGGAACACCUCACAGUAAUUAAAUAUGUAUUGCAAAUUAAUUUAUGUAAUUUACCUUCAAUCAUGUUUAACAAAUGUUCAAUGUAGAAUUAUAAAACACAUCAAAUAAUUUUCAUUUUUUGAAGUGUCAAUGCACUCAUGCAUGUACACAAUGUAGUUACAGACAAAGUCAGCUACUGCUGUAGUACAGAUAACUGUUAGAUUACAAUUGAAACUACAAGCAUCAAUAUUUGAGAUGUGUUAAUUUUCAGUAUGAUAAUGAAUGCUUUAUUAUCAGUGUUUCAUUUAUUUUUCAAAAUCUCUAAGAAUGAAGAAUGUAUGAAUGUUGCAGAGGUGGAUCUAAGGAGGGCCCAUGAAGGCCCUGCCUCCCCUCCCAAUGUCAGUUUUUUUUUACUGUUACUCAAUUUAAUAGAAACAAUUACUGCAAUUGAUCACAUCACAUUCAAAAGAAUUUAUCCAUUAUGGGUGUACAUUUUUUUUAUUUUUAACUUCAAAUACCUAUUUUUUGUUUCAUUAAUAUUUCAGGGGGCUCCAAACUGAAACUGGCCCCUCUCCCUCAAAAAGCAUUCUGGAUCCACCCCUGGAAUGUACACACAGUGAUUGUCAUUGAUUUCUUCUCCCUUUGCCAAAAGAGAUUUGUACUGAUGUCAGACCUGUAGAGAGUAUAAAAUCAUUAAAUUAUAGUAAUGAAGAAAAACUUUUUUAGAUAAUCAUCUAUUGUGUAACAUAAAUAUUGCAUGUAAUAAAAUCAUCUCUAUUAUAUCUAUCAACAGAAUGAAUGAAAUUAAUGUGUGGUGUAUCUCUAACUGUAUUUUAUAAAUUAGAUUUAUAAAUUGCACUCUGUAAGUUAAAUUGUGUUUAUAAGCUAGAGGAGAAUUUGUUAAUGUAUGUAAUUUGCAGUACCGUUUUAUUUAUUUACUAAUAUUCACUUGAUACUGGAAUAAUUUUACCACUGAAGGAUCUCAUUAUCAAUGCAUUUAUGAAGAGAAUAAUAUAAAAAUUGAAGGGAUGAUAGCUGAUGAAAUAUGACUGAUUUCAUAUAACUGGACAUCCCUUGUUACAUAUUUUGUGUUUCGUUGUUCCUAUGUUCGUUUCAGGUAAUUCAGCAAUGAUUAAUGUUGGUUUUACAUAUUAAGUAGUAGUUAUAGCUUCCUGAUUCAAUGCAAAGUUUACUGCUAUUUGAUUUUUCAUUUAUAAUUCUAUGUUUUCAUGUGUAGAUUAGGAAUCUCAUUAGCUUAAUUAAAUAUAAAAUAAUAAAUAAAAUGAUUAUACUCGUAUGUUGUGACCACCCCUUUUUGUGUUUUUCUGAGUGUAUGAUAGAUGUUUCUGAAAUGACAAACAAUAUGCUCACUUCUGUUGCAAGUGUAAGUAUCUAAUUAACCACUUUCAAAGCAUUAUAAAUAAUUUUUGUAAUUUUAUGUUCACAAUGUUGUGUUUAGUUGUGUAGUUAAAGUUGAAGUCAAGAAAUUGACUGUAUAUUUAAGUCUGAAGACCAAAAUAAUGUUCGUGUAUUUGUGAAAUCAGGUGAUUUCAUUUGAUGUUACAAUAAAUGUCUUAUAUCUCCC